AAAUGCCUUUCGAAUACAAACAAGAGCAAAGGAAAUACGGAGAGAACCGACACAAGGCUUAACUCGGGAAGCUUCAAGUCUGCCUACCUGUGAAAGUUCGGGAGUAACAAUAAUUACAUGAACAUGGCUGAGGCAAACAGUGCUUUCUUUGCAGCCAGUGAGCAGACAUUCCAUACGCCAAGCCUUGGGGAUGAGGAGUUUGAGAUCCCCCCUAUCACGCCUCCUCCAGAGUCAGACCCCGCCCUGGGCAUGCCCGAUGUUCUUCUACCCUUUCAAGGCCUCAGUGAUCCAUUGCCUUCCCAGGGAAGUGAGUUCACACCCCAGUUUCCCCCUCAAAGCCUGGAUCUUCCUUCCAUUACAAUCUCAAGAAAUCUCGUGGAACAAGAUGGCGUGCUUCAUAGCAGUGGGUUGCAUAUGGACCAGAGCCACACACAAGUGCCCCAGUACCGUCAGGAUCACUCCUUGAUCAUGAGGUCCAUCGUCCACAUGACUGACGCUGCUCGCUCUGGGAUCAUGCCUCCCACUCAGCUCACCACGAUCAACCAGUCUCAGCUCAGCGCCCAGUUGGGGUUGAAUUUGGGAGGUGCCAGUAUGCCACACACGUCUCCUUCACCACCAGCGAGCAAGUCUGCAACCCCUUCCCCUUCCAGCUCCAUCAAUGAAGAGGAUGCUGAUGAAUCCAACAGAGCCAUUGGAGAGAAAAGAGCUGCUCCAGAUUCUGGCAAGAAGCCCAAGACUCCAAAGAAAAAGAAAAAGAAAGAUCCCAAUGAGCCCCAGAAGCCGGUGUCAGCAUAUGCCCUGUUUUUCAGGGACACACAGGCUGCAAUUAAAGGGCAAAACCCCAAUGCCACUUUUGGAGAGGUCUCAAAAAUUGUGGCAUCCAUGUGGGACAGCCUUGGAGAAGAACAAAAGCAGGUGUAUAAAAGAAAAACAGAAGCUGCCAAAAAGGAGUACCUGAAGGCCUUGGCCGCAUACCGGGCCAGCCUCGUUUCUAAGGCUGCUGCUGAAUCAGCAGAAGCCCAGACCAUCCGCUCCGUUCAGCAGACCCUGGCGUCCACCAAUCUGACAUCCUCGCUCCUUCUCAACCCUCCGCUGUCGCAACACACAACCGUGUCGGCCUCCCCUCAGACUCUCCAACAAUCGCUCCCUCGGUCAAUCGCGCCCAAGCCCCUAACCAUGAGACUCCCCAUGAACCAGAUCGUGGCGUCGGUCACCAUCGCAGCCAACAUGCCAUCGAACAUUGGGGCCCCGCUGAUAAGCUCCAUGGGAGCGACCCUGGUGGGCUCGGCCUCCUCCACCCAAGUGAGCCCUUCCGUGCAGACCCAACAGCAGCAAAUGCAGCAGCAGCUGCAGCAGCAGCAGCAACAGCAGCAGCAGCAGCAGAUGCAGCAGAUGCAGCAGCAGCAACUGCAGCAGCACCAAAUGCAUCAGCAGAUCCAGCAGCAGAUGCAGCAGCAGCAUUUCCAGCACCACAUGCAGCAGCACCUGCAGCAGCAACAGCAGCAGCACCUCCAGCAGCAGAUCAGCCAGCAGCAGCUGCAGCAACAGCUGCAGCAGCACAUGCAGCUGCAGCAGCAGCUGCAGCACAUGCAGCACCCGUCCCAGCCCUCCCCCCGGCAGCACUCCCCCGCCGCCUCCCAGAUGACGUCGCCCCUCCCCGCCAUCGGGAGCCCCCAGCCGGCCUCCCAGCAGCACCAGUCGCAAAUACAGGCUCAGACACAGACUCAAGUACUGUCGCAGGUCAGUAUUUUCUGAAGACGCCCGCGGCAGAGGCAGGUGCGCUCGGGGGUGGGCGCACGGAAGGAGGGUCCGCCGCGCGCCGGCGGCCGCAGCUUGUAAGUUGCUGUCGGUGACGCGGAAACGUGUAACAGAUCACAUGGUCCUCUCAAGUGUCUAUUAGAUAGGCAAUAAGAACACAGUGUAGCUGAGUAUCAUCUUCUAGCUGACUAUAAAUCACUUUGUUUUUAAACAAGAGAAGCUGUGCUCUUUUAUGUGAUGCCUUUUUUUAUUUAUUCAGGCUAUAUACCUACAAUAUGUGAAUCAAACAGUUUAAUGAAUCCUGGGACAUACUGAUGACUGUAGACUGGCCUCUCUGAGUCAUAGAAAACGGCCUUAUUUCCCCCCCAGAAGUGAAUAAACCACACUUCGAGGCUAUUUGAACUUCCGGAGCCCUAAAAUAAUAAAAAAGCACAGUCCUAAUUACCUGAAAUAUGAAGAUCCGGUUUCAUACAAACAUUUGUAUGACGUGAAUCGUUGAUGGCAUUUUUUGUCAUGAAAAAAAAAUAAUGUAAAUCACAGACUUUUGCCAAAGCUCUUAUUUUUUUUUCCUAAAUCUCUCCAGAAAAGAAAAAAAAAAAUGCAAGUAAUUAGAUUCCAUUAUUGACUCAUUUCCACUUUUUUAACCCAUGACUUCUCCAAAUCAGACCACAGUAUAUGUUGUAACGAUAUGUAUGGCCACUGUUAGCCCAUUAUACUCAUUCCAAUUAGAAGAAAAGAAUGUGAAUAUUAUAUUCUGUGUUUUGAGUGACAAGUUUCGAAAAAUAAAAACACUGUAUUUUUAAAAAGGGAAAUGCACUUAAAUGAAAACAGUUAUUACAAAAAGUUAAGAUUUAAAAAAAAAUGCAAGAGUUUUUAUUAUGAUGUGAUACCGGUAGAAUAUUU